AGAAGGGUCACCGGACUUGCAAUGUUUUCCCCUCCACGGAUGCAGCCAGACCUGCUGAGCUUUUCCAGCAACUUUGUUUUUUGUUCUGUCUGUGUUUUGAAGGGUCCGCAGCAGCUGCGGGAAUAGCGGAAGAGCUCUGCAUUAUUUCGGGGCUUGUUUUUUGGUUUUGUUUGCAGGUUUUACUUUUACUUUCGCUUCUGCGUCUCCAGUUUGAGCAGCCCGGCGAAACACGGAAGAGGAAGCUGACCACCUCCCCCCGGCCCUCUUCGCCCAGAGUCUGGCCUCUCCCCCUUUAAACAGGGAUCUCCACCGGAUCGUUUUGGGGGGAAGAUUCGGGACCGUGUGGCCGAGAUUCCAGUGAGCAGCUUUGUGUCUCCCAGAUCCAUGGUUCGCACUAUUCCACCGAGAGAAGGCAGGGACCCCUUUGAGGGGCCGUUACAGACUGUGAUGUAGAAUAUUAACUGGUUUCUAUCCAGCUCUUGAAUUUGCAGAAGACCAAGAUGGAGGAGCCCACGGAUGGUGCGGUGCUGGAGGUGCACGGCAUCACAGAUGACAUGCCCAUGGAUUUUCUGAGCCUUUACUUUGAGAGUAAACGGAGGUCCGGAGGAGGGACGGUCACCUCCAUCAGACGACAGGGCAACUACGCUCUGAUCACCUUCGAGAAGCCGGCAGAUGCUGAGAGUGUCCUGGCCAAGCCAGGUCACCGACUGAAGAAUGUCGACCUGAUUGUGAGGAGGGCCCCGCCCAGGGACCCGAAGAAGAUUGUGCUGAGUGGGCUCAACCCGCAGACACAGGCCGAUGUGUUAAUCCUGUACCUGGAGUGGAUCAGUAACCGCAGCAGUGAGCAGUUCACUGUCCGCUGGGACCCAGACAGGAGUUAUGUCCUCGUUGACUUUCAGGAAGCUGUCUCUGUGGAAGAUCUUGAGAUAAUGAAGAUGAAAGCCAAAAACCGAAGUUUACAAGGUGCUAAAUUAGACAUCAGGCAACUUCCACAAACUGAUCGCAUCCUGGUGGAAAAUCUCAGUCCCACUGAUGACAAGGAUAUUCUGUGUCUCUACUUUGAGAGCCGUCGCCGUAGCAAUGGAGGGACCGUGCUGGAUGUUACCAUGCUCUCUGGAGGAAGAGCCAUUGUUAUGUUCCAGGAAUGGGAAGCCGUUGAGCGGGUUCUUCAGAAGACUCAGAAGCUGCAGGGACAUGAGUUGCUCGUUCAGGCUUACUAUGACUUCCUGCAGCCAUCCAGCUUAGACCAGGAGCCGGGUCAGGGUCAGGGUCAGGAAUAUGAGCGGGGAGUGGCAGCAGAAACCAAAGCCGAGGAGAUGACCAAAGUGACGAGCCUGGUCAGCGUUCCUGACAGAGUGAAGCUGGACAUCCUACGUUCCAGCAGCUUCCUGGGCGAACUGAGGACCGAGUGUCCGGAACUUUCCGUCAGCGUCAUUGACGACAACUCUGUCCGUGUUUGCGGAAGGGACGCUGUUCGGGUUGAGAAGCUAAAGAGCCAGAUCUUGGAAUUCCUCAGCAACGUAGCCGAAGUGGACGUCCCAAUCAGUGAUGAGCAAGCACGGUUCCUGUCCAGGGCUGACAUUCGGGAUUACCUACGACACAUGCUGCUCCAGAAGAGCUUGUCCACCUAUUACUCCAUCUCGGGCAGCGUGAUGACGGUCAGUGCCUCGUCGCUCGCUGCCGCACAGGCGGUAGCCAUGGUGAUUGAGCAGCAGCUUUGCCGGUUCAGUGUCUUGAUCUCAGACCGGCAGCUACAUGUCCUCACCUCCCCCGACUGGGGCAAGCUCCUGUCCUCGCUGAAGUGCUGUGAAGCUCGUGUAGCUGAUGUCGGUGACCAAAUCUCCUUCAUCUCCCUCGAAAGCUGCCGAGCAGAAAACCAGAAAUGCGUGGAAGACUUCCUGGCGAACGCGGUCCCUGACGACUUUGUGAUCGGGAUAGAGCCCAGCAAACUGCGGUUCCUACACGAAUAUUACCAAGACUUCCUCACUGGGACUGGUCAGGUCUCCAUUCUCCCUCUCGAAGGUGAUGUCACCGGGCUAAGGAUCACUGGGGUGGGCAGUGCCUGUGCAGUGGUCGAUGAGCUCCUCCGUAGCAUCAUUUCCAACAUUUGCUCCAGGACGGUGACCCUUCGGGAGCCCGGCAUAUCCCGUUUCCUGCUGGAGGAGCGCGGAGCGAGCAUUCUGAAGCAGCUGGAGAGAAAGUGCAAGUGUGUGAUCGGGUUGGAGAGAGUGUGUUGGAUAAUGCUGCAGUCUGAGCAUCCCCUGGAAAACCAACAUAACCAAGUCACGCCAAGCUUUGAGAGAGACAUUUCUGUCGAUAGGAUCCUUCAGCAGCAGCCAGAUGUGAGCAUCAGGAAUGGGAAUGUUCCCAAUCUUGAUGAAAUCCAGAACUUCCUCGCGUCGAUUAAAGACACAGCAGCCAGCUCAAGUCAAAGGAAAAAUGAAGGUGGGAACGUCGCAGCUUCCCAGAGCGUUCCUGAUGGGAAUGAGUGCAGCCCGAUCGAGGAGGAUCUCUACACUGACCAACCAACCAACCUGUGCCAGGGCGAUGGCACCGACAGAGCAGAGGGUGAGGCUUCAGCUGGAGCUGAUGCUAAGAUGCAUCAGGAUACAGAUGGAAGCAGGGCUGAGGAGGCAGCAGCGACUUCUGGGGUGGCACCUGCACCAAACCAAGAUAUGGAUGAUGCUGAGCUGUGCCUUGCUCUGCAGUACUCCAUGGAGAGCAGGUACCAGCUGACAAAGGAGGAUGAGGAACUUCAGAAAGCCCUUAAACUUUCCAAAGAGAUGGCCACAGGCCGAGAGGAAGACAGCCUGGAACUUUCUGCCGGGACGUUCCACGGUGAGAGCUCAGAGGCCGGCCUUGAGGAAGCGAUAAGGAUGUCCGUGGCGGAGGCUGUGCUGAGCUCCAAUUCCGCGCAGCUGGUGGUCUGCGCCGACAGCGACAAGGACAUCGACCGAUUGGCGAGCGAGUUAGAGCAGAGCGUCCGCUCCCACCUCCGCAAGGAGGUGAUGAGGCACCAGUGUUUCCGGAACCUGAGCAAAGAUUACGCCAGCUACUUGGAAUAUCUCCAACGGAAACACGCCGUGGCCAUCACCCUCGAGGGCACGGAGGUCAGGGUUCACGGGUUUGCAGAUUACACCAUCGAUGCCAAGCAGGACAUUGCCCGCCUCAUGCACUGGGCUGCCCAGGAUGAAAUGGCGAAGGUGGAGGAAAUGACAGUUGCGAGGUCUGUCCAGUGGAUGAGGCACUGCCGAAAUGGUGAGAGCAUGCCCUACUCACUGAAAGCAUGUACGUUCAUAGAGAGAGCAUUUCAACAGAAGGAGAAGAGAGUCGAUGUGGUCUUCGAUAACAAACCCUACACCAUUGACUUGGAGCGAAUGGAGGAAUGUAACUUGGGAGCGGCAGAAACUGUUCCAAUUGAGAGGAAGCUUCUCUACCUCCCGGAUGAUACAGAUGUGUCAUCUUUUGCUUCUGGACAAAUUGAGCUGGUCCAUCUGGAUGAAGCAAGUGAGGAAUAUUGCAAGAUGAUGCAACAUUUUUACGACACCUUGAAGGAUAUGCACAAUAAAAUCCGCAUCAUAAAGGUUGAGGAGGUGAACAACCCGCUGUUGUAUCAGCAGUACAGGUUGAAGAAGACCAGCAUGGCAGCCACACAGGCAGACGUGGAGAAGCUCCUGUUCCACGGGACCUCCGAGGGGAACACCAGAGAGAUCUCCGUACACGGCUUCAACAGGAGCUUCUGUGGGAAAAAUGCGACUGUCUACGGGCAGGGAGUUUACUUCGCAGUCAAUGCCGUCAUCUCGGUACAGGACCAAUAUUCACCGCCAAACGCCAAAGGCCACAAAUUUGUGUUUGUGGCUAAAGUCCUGACUGGAACCUACACCAAUGGGAAGGCUGAGAUGAAGACACCACCUUUGAAAGAGAACAGCAAGAUGCCGCUCAGAUAUGACUCGCUCGUUGACAAUUGCGAGAACCCCAAAAUAUUUGUCAUCUUCAACGAUACCCAGGCGUAUCCUCAGUAUCUGAUCACCUGCCAGGUCAAGUGAUACCUUCGGCCAACAGCUCCUCGUGAAGGCUAAUCUGCUCUACUCUGCCAUGUUCUGGAUCGAUCCACCGUUGUCUGUACUGAUUGAGCCCGACUUGUCUCGCCGUGGUUAAUGCAUCAUCUUCACCCCAGGCUGGUUAUUCGCCCGCUGACCCUGACCCCCAAAUUAGGCAUUGCGUUGUAGAAAGCUCCUUCGAUCUCUUUAGCUCCCUGUGCUGCCACUGCAGCACACUUCAAGCAGCUUCCUGGGAUCAUCAAAGGUUCCUCACUGCACCCCAAUGAAGAAAGAGAACCCCUUUUCAGAGAAUCCCUACUGUGUGGAAACAGGCCCUUCGGCCCAACAAGUCCACACCGAUCCUUACAGCAUCCCACCCCCCCCACCAAUCUACACACCCCUGAACACGACGGGUAAUUUAUCAUGGCCAAUCCACCUAGCCUGCACAUCUUUGGACUGUGGGAGGAAACCCACGCAG